AUGGAAGUGAACGACAUCGUAACUUUGCAGAUAUUGAUCAAUUCGGUGCAGGACAAGUUAGUAAAAGUAUGUGACCUCGACAAGAGUCUUCGUGUAAUUCUUGAAAAUGUUAUGACCAACAAAAAGACUGGGCACGGCGAUCAGUUGAAAGACUUUUGUGACCACAAGGCGAAACAGAGUUUGUGUAAGGCUGAAAUUGAAGAUUCGACCAAGUUGUUGGCAUCAUUAGCUGCCCGAAAUGAAGUUCUUAAAAACAGUAAAGACUUGGCGACUAAAUACGCGACGAGAUUUGAAGCGACAAUAAAAGCGGCGAAAGAGACAAUAGAAAAAAACACUGCCGAAGCUGAAAAGACGGAAACGAAUACAGAGGCAUUGAAAAAGCAAUUGGAAGAGCAAGACGGCGAGUGUAAGACUUUGCAGAACCAACUUGAUACACAAAAGGUUAUUGAAAAGGGAAUUGUGGACGAAAUUGAAACGAUUGAAAGCGCGAAUAAAGCGAAAAUAAACGAGGCGUUGGGGGAGUUAAAACAAUGGGAAGAAAAGAUUGCGGAGGACGAAAAGUUGAUUCAAGCUGAAAAAGCGAAUUUGGAGGUCAAAAAGAAGGAAAUAGAAAAGCGGAACACUGUCGAACAACUGAAAAACCAAACGAGUCAAUACCACGCUGAUGCUUCUACACUAGAAUCGGUUUUAUCCGAUUACCACGAUCAUAUUUUAAAAAUGACGAACUUGAUUGAUCUUGCUUCAUUACAACAUAAUGAUACAAUGACGCAAUUUGAAAAUAAAACAAUUGCAAAGACGGAAGAAAUUGCGAAGAUCAAAGAACAAAAAAGUUUGGAUAUGAAAAAUGCGGAAGAGGAGGUGAAAUCGUUGCAAACGAAAGAAACUCAAUUGGACGAGCAAAUCAAAAUACUCACCGAUUUGAUUAAUAGUAUCCAAUCGGGUCAACUCAAACCGUCUGUGAAUAGUUUAACGCCUUCAGAAAAAGCUGCUUAUGACGCGAUUGAAAAAACUCAGAAGGUAAACGAAAAAGGCUUUGGGGAUAUCGAGGGCGCGCAGAAAGCUCUUACUGACCGAGUCGAAAGUGGAGGAAAUGAUAAUUUCCAAAGCAAAGAAUUGCCAAAGGAUCAACCUGAUACUUCGAUCAAAGAAAGCGGCGUGAAUCCAACUGAAGUGCAACGAAGCACUACACCUGAAAGGAAAGUUGAACCGAAGCGACCGAAUCCAUUUAAAGACAAUUUUAUUACUAAUACCAAAUCUGAAGGAACGCUGCUCACUGAGUCAAAAUCCAAAGAAAAUAUCGGGUAUAAAGCAGUCGACACAACACCAGUGAAGAAUGUGUUGGUGGACAAGAAUAUUGCAAGUCUGGAAAAGAAGUUGGGUGAGGGAAAACAGAACGCGUUUAAGUCCAAGUUGACGCGAUCUUGCAGUGGCUUAAACGCACAACAAAACAUUAAUUUACAACCCUCUGGCACCGCCCAAGGGACUUCAAGUUUGAGGGGGGAAGUCGUCAUUGGGGAUAUUGCAAACGUUGAUAAAAAAUUGGAAGGUACCGCUUUCUCUUCAUUCACCGAUUGUGAGGGGUUCAUCGCUUGUCUCAUGAAACUGUAUAACGAUACUGAAAUUGAUUCUUUACUGUGUAAGCUCCAACGCGACUACGAUAAAUAUAACGCGAAUAAAAACUCAAACCCGAAAGAAACCAUCAAUUGUCUAUUGGAACGUGUGGGAAGCAAUCUUGGAAUUGAUCAGUCCGACAACAACCGAGGAAACGCAAGUGAAGCAAAGACUGAAAAAGAAAAAUGA